AUGCAGAAUGGAGAUGCCCAACAGAUUGAUACAGAGGGAUUCCGCGUCACAUCUAUCAGACAUGAGCACGAAGAUUCUAUAUCGUUUCAAGUUGACGUUCCACGGGCUCUUGACUUCACAUUGGAAGUAUCGAUGAAGUCUCAACCUGAUGUCUCACAGGCCUUGGAUUCACAGCCCUGGGAAAAGAUAGAUGCAUCUACGAGCUCUACUCAGACCUUGAGUCAGAUAGAAUCUUGGCUAUCUCACUGCGAUGAGAAUCAUAAAUUUUGUCGCGAUUAUGACUCAACACCGUUCUUUCCAAAUCGCGUGAUUGACGUGAAGGAGAUUGAAGAUGGUAGAAUCCACCUCAGAGAUCGAAAAGACAUUAUAGCACAAGAAGGACUAAACAGUAUUGCGGGAACAGAGACCUCAGAGGAAUUCGAGGGUCACUUCCCUGUGUACUGGACUCUAUCUCAUCGAUGGGGUGAUCCGAAAAAGAUUCUAAAAUUACUCCAUGGCAACGAAAAGAAAUUCAAGGAUGGGCUGUCUUUGACGGCUGAACGUGUGCCAAAGACCUUUCAGGAUGCUAUGUGGACAAUCCACCGUCUGAAUUACAGAUAUCUCUGGAUUGACUCCUGCUGCAUUUUCCAAGACUCAAUUGAAGACUGGCAGAAGGAAGCAGACCAAGUGUCACAGAUCUACCGAAACUCUUUUUGCAACAUCUCAGCAACCGUCUCCUCAUACGAGCCAACCAGUACGCUUUUCGUUGGCGGGCGGAACUCUCGACUCUUGUUUCCCUUUCUAAUCAAACUUUCUGUUAACGAUGACGAAAGAACAAACAUCAUCAAAAGAAAGAGAUUGUGGGAGGAUGAAAUUGAAAACUCCCCUCUUAGUACGCGUGGCUGGGUUGUACAAGAGAGAUUCCUCGCUCCUAGAAUCAUUCACUUCACCCGAAAUCAAGUGUUCUGGGAAUGCUUAGAGAAUGCAAGAUGCGAAGCCGACCCGGAUGGUCACAUUAACAUACUUGGUGACAAAGAUAUCAACCAUUUAAGCCCCAGAGUGACAGCUUAUAAGGAUGCCCUCAAGGAGCUGGCAGAACUGUCUUCACUAUUUCUCACAUCAAGCCUGGAUCGUACCAAAAUCAACUGGGAUCGCGACAGCAUCGGCCAACUCCAGUUUUACACUGAGCGAAAUCUCUGGAGAAAAAUGAUCAGUAUCUAUACCGCUUGUAACCUCAGCAAUCAGUCAGACCGUCUCAUCGCCAUGGCUGGUAUUGCCAAAGCCUUCCAAAGGGUUACUUUGUCAACUUACCUAGCUGGGCUGUGGCAACAUACGCUACACACAGAUCUCCUUUGGGAAUCAAAUGCCUCUGAAGGCGGGGUGGUGCAUCGUAACACCCUGCAUGUUCCUUCCUGGAGUUGGGCAUCAGUCUUUGGGGGCAAUGUCACUUUAUAUGGGUAUACCCGGUUUGGUGGCGAUCCCGCUUCUCAGAUUGAAUUAAUCGCCCCGAGGCUAGAGGCAUUGAGACCCGGUGGUGACCUGAUGGGCUUACUCGGGCGGGCAGAGCUUGAAAUCAAAUGUGUUCUUCUGUAUUACCGGUGGAAUGGGGAUCCGCAAAGGUUGGACCUCUUCGCCGAUAUUUCCAGAACCAAAGCCGCGUUUAAUGGGGGUCGCAUUUGGGGGACGAAUCUGAAAUUGGACACCCAUGAGUUGGCUCAACAUUUCAAGGAUCAGGCCGUUAUCGAGGGAGAAUGCAUUCCAAUAACAAUUGGAAGAGAAGCCUAUGGUGCUUCGAUUAACAGGUUCCUGGUUGUGGAGAAGGGACCUGCAGGGCAUUAUCGAAGGCUAGGUGUAUAUCACUUAGGAGAACAAGGUAGCUCCUCUGUGAUUGGCAACCAGGAGCGCACAGCCGUGACUCUGGUUUAA